ACCCGUCACCCGGCCAGUACCAUCGAGCGACACACGCCGUGUGUACCUAAUAUCGCGACCCGUGUACCAUGCGCCACGCUACGUAUUUGUCAUGAGGCGACCGCCGCUUCAUUUAAACUAAUAAUCAGUGAAAUAAUGUAAAACAUUUCGUCAAGCGUCUCGCAAACGCGGCGUAGUAUCGCCUACCUGCGUGCCAGCUUUGUUUUCCUCCCGCCGGCCGGCGCGACACGCGACAAACGUUGAACAAAAAAAGACUAAAUUUCAAUUCGAUGUCAGUGAGCGUGAGGAUCCUAGUGUUUGUGUAGUGUAGUUUUAAAAUAGUUAAAUGGAUAAACGCCGUGCAAUGUUCGUAUGAGGAAGAAAGGCAACCGGAACAUCAUGUCGGUGGGCCUGCAACGGCGCGUACCAGCGUUGGACGAGGGCGCGGGCGGCGUGCCGGCGGCAUGGAAAAGUGGGAACAACGACGCGCCCUUCCCUUCGUUCGCGCCGCCCGCGGGCUCCCCGGCGGGGCCCGCGUUCGCGGCGUCCCCGGCGCCGUCCACGCCGGGCCCCGGGCCCGGGUUCGCGGGCCCGCCGUACGCCGCGCCGGGGCCCUUCGGCAGCCCGUCGGCGCGGCCCGGCUCGGGCGGCGGCUUCCCCCCGGGCCCGCCGCCGCCGCAGGGCCAUUUCCCGGGGCCGGGGUUCGCCCCACCAGGCUCGCCGUUCCACCCACACCCGCCACAUCCGCCUAUGCCGCCGCAUCCACACAUGAUGGCUCCGUUGCCACCGCCAGUAGACAGAAGGCACGCGCCGUACUUCGGACAGCCGGAUUACAGAGUUUACGAGCUGAACAAACGGUUACAACAGAGGACAGAGGAAUCAGAUAACCUAUGGUGGGACGCGUUCGCGACAGAGUUCUUCGAGGAUGACGCCACUUUAACAUUAACUUUCUGUUUAGAAGAUGGACCUAAAAGAUACACAAUAGGAAGGACGCUCAUACCGCGGUACUUCCGCAGUAUAUACGAAGGCGGCGUGUCAGAGUUAUACUACACGAUGCGUCAGCCCAAAGAAUCCUUCCACAACACGAGCAUCACGCUCGACUGUGACCACUGCACUAUGGUCACGCAUCACGGGAAACCGAUGUUCACAAAGGUGUGUACAGAAGGCCGACUGAUCCUGGAGUUCACGUUCGACGACCUUAUGAGGAUCAAGUCGUGGCAUAUGGCGGUGAGGGCGCACCGCGAGCUGAUCCCUCGGCAGGCGGUCCACCCCCCCGACCACCAGGCCCUCGACCAGCUCACCAAGAACAUCACGCGCCAGGGUAUCACCAACUCGACACUCAAUUAUUUGAGGUUAUGUGUGAUAUUAGAACCUAUGCAAGAGCUAAUGUCGCGGCACAAAGCGUACGCGCUCACGCCGCGGGAUUGUCUCAAGACGACGCUCUUCCAGAAAUGGCAGCGGAUGGUAGCGCCGCCUGAAUCGCAACGGCCGGCGAGCAAACGGCGUAAACGCAAAGGCAGCGCGGGAGCAAACGCCGCGCCGCCCGCGCCUGCCAAGAAACGCUCGCCCGGACCCAACUUCAGUCUCGCCUCGCAGGACGUGAUGGUGGUGGGGGAGCCGUCCCUAAUGGGCGGUGAGUUCGGCGACGAGGACGAGAGACUGAUCACCCGGCUCGAGAACACGCAGUACGAGGGCGACGGCGUGGAGUGGCCCGCGCCCCCGCCCGCCUCCCCCGCCAAGACUCCGCCGGGCCCGCACUGACGCCGCCCGCAGCCGCCUCACCCCGCUGCGGCCCUGGUACACUUGCUCCACUCGCAACGCGCCCACUUGGAUAUGUCAGAUAUAAAUAAAUAAAUAUAGGCCUUUACGGAUAAAUUAUAAUG